AAGCGCCCAUGUUUCUGCAACGUUUUUGGCUUCCACAAUUUUACGAGUAAAAUGUAAAUUGUAAAAGUACGGUUGCGAAUCGUCACCUCAUCGGUCCUGGAAAUUUUCGGGGUUAUUUCGGUUUGUGAAAUUGAAGUAUCUUUGCAGAAUCUCAUAAGUUAAGUUGAGGAGAAUGGCAUCGCUGCAGAACCGCGGCAAUCAGCAGCCGCAGCGAGUGCUCGGUAAUAAGCCUGCAGCUCGACCUGGCCUCCAGAAUCCUUCCAACAAAGUUCUCCAAGCAAUUCCCGAGAAAAAGAUUGUCACGAACCUUCAGAACAAACAGCAGAACGAUGCCAAAUUCAAAGAACCAACGCAAUCCAGACUGCCCACUCUGUCCACACUUCGGCAGAAUAUCACACUCGAAAAACGGCAGAAACUGCUUCAAGAUGUUGUGCGGACAGGAGGAAAAGAAAAUGGUUUCAUGACGUACAAAGCGCGACCAGAGGACGUACCGGACAUCUACGCAGACGAUGUGGGAAACGAAGCGCUGGUGGUAGCAUAUGUGGAACACAUCUACACUUACCUGUAUCACCGCGAGCAGCAUUCCCUUCUGUCGAAAGACUAUAUGGACGGGAUGUCGGUCAAUCCAAGGAUGCGGACAAUACUGGUCGACUGGAUUGUCAGCGUGACGCACAAAUUUAAAAUGUGUCAAGAUACUCUUUUCUUGUCCCUGAACAUCGUCGACCGAUUUCUUUCUAUUCCUGAAAUCGAUGUCACGAAAGAUGAACUGCAGCUGAUCGGAGUGACCGCCAUGUUCGUUGCCGGAAAGUUCGAAGAAGUCUAUCCGCCGGAUUUGGAGGACUAUGUGUAUAUCUCGGAUCAGGCUUGCACGAAAAACCAGAUUCUGGACUGUGAGAUGAUGAUGGUGAACGCGUUAAACUUCGAUUUCACUCGGCCGUUACCCGUGCAUUUUCUUCGACGCUGCUGUAAAGCUGCAAAUGCAAACCCGGACGAGUAUUGUUCAGCUAAAUUCCACUUAGAAUUGGCACAAAUGCACAUCGAUUUUGUGGAGGUUAAACCAUCUCUCUUGGCUGCCGGAGCGCUGUAUUUGGCUCUUCUGUUUCGUCGCAGGCUAAGUGAUUUCUGGGAUUCCAAACUGACGUAUUACAGUAGUUACGAAGAAGGAGCGGUGAAGCAGAUGGCUUCGAGGUUGCUUGAUGUCCUGAAACAAGCACGAACAGCUAGGUUGCAGUGUAUCAUUAAGAAAUACGCCACACCGAAAAACUUUGAGUCAUCCAAUAUAACCGACCUGGAGCUGGAUGAGGUCGCAAAGCAUUUUGGUAGAAGCUGAAAAGACUGGACGUUCACUAGGCAUUCCAGAUCUGUUUACCACUGAAUAUUCGUUUUCGGAUCGAUUUGGAGUACUGAUUCUGUUGUAAAUACUUCCUAGUUGUGUUCUUAGUCUUUUCUACUCCAUUUGCAUAUGCUGUUGUUUCUCUGAGUAGGGAAUGAGUCACGCGUGUUUAAUGUCUUGACUGCGUUGUUUAACAUUUUUAAAGUGAUUCUUUCUAAAGGUGUACUGAUCUAUGCGUACUUACCUUCCGUGAUCCUGUUGGGACUUUGCACUUUGCAGACUGUCGCAGUGUUCAAAUCACAAUCCAAAUUCUGCGUGCGUAUUUCUGUUAUAUUGUAAUAUUAUUUUGUAUGCAUGCUUGGCUAAUUGGCUUUAGCAAAUGGCAACUUGUUUAAGGUGAAACCUCAUUCUGUGU